GGGUUUGCGCUGAAGCGGGGAAGAUGGUGGAGGCCAAGUACCCUGGUAUUUUUAGUGUGGGCUGAACACCGCAUGCCUUGGAUCUGGCCCUGGAGGACAUGUACAAGUGCAUGGACUGGCUGAAAGCGGUCGUCGAAAAGGGCAAUCAAGUUGGCAAGUUCUUCACCAACGUCGACAAUGUUCGCGCAAUGUACAACCGGAUUGCGAAUGCGCAACUCAAGCAUCCGACGGUCACAAGAUUCGCGACGAACUUUGAGAUGCUUCAGUCGCUGAAGACGGGGAAGAAUUCAUUCGAGCUCUGUGUCUGCAACGCAGCGUGGGUGGAGAAGUUGGUGAGAGGGGAGCACGUGGCAACAUUCAACGCCGUCACCCACAUCAUCAUGGACACGAACGGAUUCUGGAAGGAUGUUGAUAAGGCCAUGGCAGUGAUGGAACCGGUUGUCAAGCUCCUUCGUUUGGUGGACGGUCCCGGAUCAACUAUGAGCAAAGUUCACUUUGGCAUGGACGCGGUUGUGGCGAAAAUGCGCACCUUGGACUGCUUGUUGGAGGCUGAGAAGGCGGAUAUGGAGAAUAUUCUGAUGGACAGGUGGGCCUUCAUGACAUUAGAGCUGCAUUGCGCAGCCGCCUUCCUCGACCCCGAGUACAGGAUAUACACCUUGCGAGACACGGAGAUUCGCGAGGGGUUCAACAUCUGGCUUUACUCUUGGGCGCCGCCGGAGUUGCUACAGCGAGAUAUCAGUAGACAGGUGGGCAUGUGGGUGCAGGGAUUGGGCACUUUGGGGACACAGAACGCAAGCGAUCAAGUGAGUUCGAAGACUCCAGCGCUAUGGUGGGAGGCGUUUGGGGCGUCCCUGGACCUCCUCCAACCGCAGGCUAUCAAACUCCUUGGGCAGGCGAGCUCGUCGGCUGCAUGCGAGCGAAACUGGAGCUUGCACCAGCUCAUUUACGGCCAACGCCGCACGAAGCUCAUGCCAGAGAGAUUGAGCAAGCUGGUGUAUAACAAUUGGAAUAUCCAACUGUCGACGAGGAGAGAGCGAGGGGACGGGGAAGACAUACACAUUCCGUGGAAGGACGACGAGCUGGCGAGAGUGGAAGUGGAUGAGUGGUACGACCAAUGGGCCACACAGGUUAGGAAAGGGACAACCGGCGAUGCUGCUGCAGUGGAGGUCUGCGUAGACGAAUUCGAGGAUGCCCCGCUAGAGCGCACAUGUGCCACGUCAGCAGUGCCACGUCAACAGUGCCACGUCAGCAAUGCCACGUCAGCAGUGCACGUCAGCAGUGCCAGGUCAGCAACCAUGACGGGACCAGCGCUGGGCUUACCAGGCCAACUGGCCAACGAGUCCAUCACCGAGUACCGACAGUGGGUCCGGGCUCAGCUCGCGCUCAUUCAGGCCGAGGAACAGCGCCAGGCGGCAGCCGAGGCUGCCCGCCUACAGGCUGAGGCGGCAGCGGCAGCUGAAAGGCAGCGGCUUCAGGCCGAAGCCGAGGCACACACCAGGGCACGCCGAAAGGAAGCCCAGGAGCUGCUGCAGCGCCAUGAAGCAGCCAGCAUCGAAAGGCUCAAGUACUGGCACUUUGAACCAAACGGCGACGAGACGACACCGGAAGAGCAACACAAGGAGUUUCUCUCCAAGCUCGUGUCACGCCUGUUGUAUACUUGCAGCUACCAACGGGCCGAACUAGAGAAACAGCACCAAGAGUUGGCAGACCUCCACCGAAUAGUGCAGGGCCACGAGGAUGCAACACAGGCACUCAAUGCCCGUGUACUGGACCUGGAACAGUUUGUACCAGGACCAGAUGCUGGUACGUCCAGCAGUGAACCCUCUAGCCGCCAACUGGAGGAACGCGUUGACCACGUAGUGGCGAUGCUCGGCGACAUCAGUGCUUUCGCUGCACCUACCACCAUCAGCAGUCAGCUGCACACCUUGAAGACCGAGAUCGCGGCAACGCCGGAUCUGGACUUGCCAUUUACGCAUCUGCGCCGAGAGUUCUACAAUAGGUCAUGUGCUGCACUGAGCCAGGCACUUGGUGAUCGCGAGCAGUACUCAACCUUCGCUGAGAUCAUCGACAAAGCGAGGGAGAUCAUCAAGACUAAUAGGGCGGCUGCACACGAGAAAUCAGCAUGGCAGCCAACCUAUGUGGAGAAGGUAAAGACUGGUCCGCGGCAGCAGCAUUUUGCUGCAGUCCAAUCGGACAGUGGAGACGACCCGGCAGCCACCAAGGCAUCAAGUGAAGGAGAUCAGGUGGCUGCUGUCCAGCCGAGAAGCACCAACAAGUCCCGGAACAAUGGGAAGGCGAAGACCGCAUCAUCGGCUGGAACAGGACAGCCAACGCCAUGGGUCAAGUUUAACUUGACGGAGGCCGAAUACAAGUACUGUGGUCGGUACGGCUGCUGCUACUGGUGCAAUAGCACCAAGCACAAGACCUCCCUCUGCCAGGACAAGGAGAAGGAGGAUGUUCGGCCUCGCAACAACUCGGGAAACUGAGUAGCGCAGGAGGUGAGGCGACUCCACCUCCCACUCCGCCAGAUCCGGCCGCCUUGCUAGCGGCCUCCUACACAUCUGAGGAGGAUGCGAAUGUCGCAAGUUCUCGUGUCACUUACGAG